UGAUCUGCCUGGGAGUAGGAAGGCCCUUCAGAGGGAUUGGGACAGGCUGGGCUGGGCUAAGGCCAAUGGGAUGAGGACCACCAACACCAACUGCUAGGUCCUGCACCUUGGCCACAACAACCCCCUGCAAUGCUAUAGGCUUGGGGCAGAGUGGCUGGAAGACUGUGUGGAGGAAAUGGACCUGAGGGUGUUGGUUGACACUCAGGUAAAUGUGAGCAAGCAGUGUGCUCAGGUGGCUAAGAAAGCCAGUGACAUCCCAGCUUGUAUAAGAAAUAGUGUUGUCAGCAGGAGCAGGAAGGUAAUCAUCCUCCUGUACGCAGCUCUGGUGAGGCCACCCCUCAGGUACUGUGUUCCAUUUGUGCCCCUCACUGCAAGAAAGGCAUGGAGGCCCUGGAGUGUAUCCAGAGAAGGACAACAAAGUUGUGAGGUGUCAGGAACACCUCACAACAGUUGAGUGAGCUAGGAUUGUUCAGUAUGGAGAGGAGGAGGCACAAGGGAGACCUUGCAGCUCUCUACAACUCCCUGAAAGGAGGUUGUGGCAAGGUGUUGGUUGGCCUCUUCUCCCAUGUAAAUAGGGAUAGGACUAGGAGGAAUAGGUUCAAGUUGUGCCAGGGGAGAUUCAGGUUGGAUAUUAAGAAAAAAUUCCUUCUCCGAAAGAGUGGUCAGGCACUGGAACAGGCUGCCCAGAGAGGUGGUUGAUACCCUGUCCCUGGGAGGUGUUCAAGGAAGGCAGAGAUUUGGCAAUGAGGGAGAUGAUCAGUGGGCAUGGUUGCACUAGAUGAUCUUGGAGGUCUUUUCCAAUCUUGAUGAUUCUAUGAUUCUUCGAUUCUGGCACUGAGACAACUCGUGCCUGGUGCAAACUCAGGUCAAACCAACUACCUGUCCCUUUGUUGUUACCUGCCCCUUUUGUUUGGACCUCUGCUGGGGCCAGUGAUCUGUAACACACUGAGCCAGUGAAGGAAUCCUCCAUAUGUACAGGUGCCUCUGGGAAGUUGGCAAGAGCUGAAGAGAUAGAAAAGGGCAGUGAGAUCUGGGCUUGGAUGGGAGGAAGUAUGUAGAGAGAAGUGAUAGUGGAAAUGAGUUAAAAAUACAAAAUUAGGUGCAGGACCUGUGAUGAUGUGGCUGUAGGCAUUUCAGUUUUCUUCUUCCUGUUGUGUGUGUUUUGUUGAUUUAAUCAGAAGUAUGGCUUGCUAAUAUGAGAGUAAGGAGGGGGCAAGAAAAGAGAUGUGCAGAAUGGAAGAAGCGUUCGUCACUAGGUGGCACAAGAAGUCUGUCUGAGAACGAUCGAGGACUUGCUGGGGCUCUUUGCAGUGGAUUUCACAGCACACAGUGCUACUAAACCAUUUGCUCUUUUUUUUUUUUUUCUUUUGCAGCACUCAGGAUAACACUGCCUGAAAGCUGCGAGGCCAGCGACCCAACGACUCUGCAAGCUCAGCCUUCUCCUGGUCUGUCAUUCAGAAGUAGUAAGAGUCAGGUUACAUGUCGUUAAGAGUCCUUGGUGCUGCAACAAUGAGGAUCAGAAUCCUGUUAUGGUCUUUGUCCUUUAUGAAGAAGCUGUGUUGCCAAGACUUGCUGUGAAGAUGACCCACGCUACUGAAUGCAGUUGUCUGCAAAUCUAUGACCACAUCUAUGCAAAGGAGAUGAGCAAGCCUGAGCAAUGCUGAGUUUUGUUCAGUGGAGGGACUGCUGUAUGUCAGCCAUGCUAAAGGGCAAGUGAUGGAGCUCUGAACCGAGUGCUUCAGCAGAUCAGAGUGCCACCUAAGAUGAAGAGAGGGACGAGCCUGCACAGCAGGCGGGGCAAGACGGAGCCUCCCAAAGGAAGUCCCCAGAUCAACAGGAGGUCUGCACAAGAUAUGCAAUCAGGUCGUCCCAGAUCGUCGUCCACUACAGAUGCUCCCACGAACUUGUCCGUGACGGAGAUUGCUUCUUCUGUCUGUGUAGGUGGAGAGGAGGCCACAGCAGCAAUUGAACGACUGGAAGUCAGCAGCCUAGCACAGACCUCCAGUGCAGUGGCCUCAAGCACUGAUGGCAGCAUCAAUGCAGACUCUGUCGAUGGCACCCCAGAUCCGCAGCGUACAAAAGCCGCCAUCACACACCUGCAGCAGAAGAUACUGAAAUUGACCGAGCAGAUCAAAAUCGAACAAACGGCCCGUGAUGACAAUGUGGCAGAGUACCUGAAGCUAGCCAACAAUGCAGACAAGCAGCAGAGCGCCCGCAUUAAGCAGGUGUUUGAGAAGAAGAAUCAAAAGUCUGCCCAGACGAUCUUGCAGCUGCAGAAGAAGCUAGAACAUUACCAUCGAAAGCUGCGAGAAAUCGAACAAAAUGGGAUCCCUCGGCAGCCAAAGGAUGUCUUCAGGGAUAUGCACCAGGGAUUGAAAGAUGUUGGAGCGAAAGUCACUGGAUUCAGUGAGGGAGUAGUAGAUAGUGUUAAAGGUGGGCUUUCCAGUUUCUCCCAAGCCACACAUUCAGCAGCAGGAGCUGUGGUUUCCAAACCCCGGGAGAUUGCCUCUCUCAUCAGGAACAAGUUUGGGAGUGCGGACAAUAUUGCUAAUCUGAAAGACUCCUUAGAAGAAGGCCAGGAAGAUGGGACAGGAGGCAAGGCUCUAGGUGUUAUCCAGAACUUUCAGUCAAGCCCAAAAUAUGGCAGUGAAGAGGACUGCUCCAGUGCUACGUCAGGCUCAGUGGGAGCCAACAGCACAACAGGGGGCCCUGUGGGAGCUUCCAGCUCCAAAACAAACACUCUGGAUAUGCAGAGCUCAGGGUUUGAUGCAAUACUACAUGAGAUUCAAGAAAUUCGAGAGACACAGGCAAGACUGGAAGAGUCAUUUGAGGAUCUUAAGGUUCGCUAUCAGAGGGAUUACUCAUUAAUAAUGCAGACUUUGCAGGAGGAACGGUACAGAUGUGAAAGACUCGAAGAGCAGCUAAAUGACCUGACUGAGCUCCAUCAGAAUGAGAUCCUGAAUCUGAAACAGGAGCUGGCCAGCAUGGAGGAGAAAAUUGCCUAUCAGUCUUAUGAGCGAGCCCGGGACAUCCAGGAGGCCCUGGAAGCGUGCCAGACCCGCAUCUCCAAGAUGGAGCUACAGCAGCAGCAGCAGCAGGUGGUGCAGCUGGAGGGUCUGGAGAAUGCCACGGCCAGGAACCUGCUGGGGAAGUUUAUCAACAUCCUCCUGGCUGUCAUGGCCGUCCUCCUUGUCUUCGUCUCCACUGUGGCCAACUGCGUCGUGCCCCUCAUGAAAACUCGCAAUAGGACGUUCAGCACUUUAUUCAUAGUGGUUUUAAUUGCCUUUUUGUGGAAGCACUGGGAUGCCAUCUCUGGCUACUUGGAACGGUUUUUGUCUCCCCCCAGAUGAUGCCAUGAGGAAUCGGCUGCAUCGCCCCCUCCCAGCACACUCGGUGAGCAAGCGUGGCAAAGAUUAGUCAGCAACUACUCCGCUGAAGUUUUAAAGUGUCUGAGUGAAUUUGUUUACAUUUAGAAUAACGUUUUUUCUCUGCGAGAUGCAUUGCAAUAGUAUUUUUUAGAUUUUAUUCAAGAACUCUUUUUGGCGAGAAUCCCGGAUAAUUUUUAUGUAGCAUGGUUCUCUUUGGAUGCAAAUCUUAAGAUUCUUUAAAGUGUACAAAAUAAAUAAAAUACCGAAAUUUGGAGCAUACCAAUGGGCAACUUAAACUGUGGCUUGAACUACUGUACUAAACCUGUCAGGAAGAGGAAGAAUGUGAUUAACUUAAGAUGAGCAAAACUAAAUGUAGUGCACGCAACCUUGAGGGAUGGUACCACAGCAAACCUGUAACACUAAACUUUUACUGUGAAGUCUGCUCACAUUCCAUGUCCAAAUGUAUGGGUUUGGAGUGGUUUCUUUACAAGACACCAAAACAAUGUGUGGAUCUCUUUCCCGACUCAGCGUCGGGUUUGCCAUUCGUGCUGACCUGACUGAACAGUGACUUUCUAUAAGGCUGGUUAACUUUGCUAAGCAUAUGAAGUGGAAGCCUUGUGCCACAUACAGAAACUGCACAGUCAUGCUGCAGUAUUUUGAAGUAGUCCUUGAAACGCUUACCUUUAAGCAAAGCCCUUGGUCGCACUUUUAAGGUUUUUUUUUAAUGUAUGUAUAUUCACAGAUUUAAAAAAAAAUCCAAACAGCAUACUUGAAGAGUGUUAUACUCAAACUCUCAGUGCUUCCUUAUCGUUUCUAAUAGGAUUUUUUAUUAUUAUUAUUAUUAUUAUUAUUAUUAUUGGGUUCUUGGUUUUUGUUGUGGUUUUUUUUUUUUUUA